CAGAUAGCGCACUCGCCCAACCCGCAACAAAAUGCUUUCUAGCAGGGGAAUUCCGCGGUCUGUUAGUUCUGCGAUGUCGCAGAGACUUGCCGCUGGUCGAUUGGCCAGCGGCAACGCACCCGCGGCCUCUCGUUCUUUCGGUACCUCAUUCCGCACUUCGAAUGGCCUUUUGUCGACGGCCUCGCAUAUCCGCACAAGAUCGAUUGUACCAACAGCCACCGUGGCAUCCGUCGCUGGAGCCCGUCAUCUCUCCCUCUGGGGAUGGGGAUGGGGUGGUAAGAAGACGACUCCCGAGGCCCCGAACGCCGCGAUCGAGACGAUAAAGGAGGCCGAGGAAAAGGUUGCUGAGGCUGCUGCCACCGUUAAGGAGAGUGUUCCUGAUCUGGCCUCUGUUACCGCCUCUGAAAUCGAUCUUCAGGCUAUCAACGACAUCGUCAAUGGCCAGGAUGUUCUGAACAUGCCUGAGCAAUUGGGCUAUCUCCAUGCUCUUGGCUUGGACUAUGGCUGGGGACCUACCUCCGUUAUGCAGUGGAUUCUCGAGCACGUUCAUGUCUGGACAGGGCUCGGCUGGGGUGCAUCCAUUAUCGGUACUGCCGUCCUUCUCCGUGUCGUCAUGUUCUACCCUCAGGUCCGCAGUCUCCGAUUCAACGCUGUAAUGCAGAGAAUGAAGGCCGACCCAAGAUUUAACGAGGUCAUGACCCUCCAAAAGACGGCGUUGCAGAACAACGAUAUGGAGGCCAACCAGCGAAGUGCAUUCCUGCGCAAGGUUCUACAAAAGGAAUAUGGUGCCAGCAGCACCGGCAUGCUCUGGGCUUUCAUGCAGAUCCCCUUCACCUUCGGUCUCUUCCGCAUCAUUCGUGGCAUGUCGCAGAUUCCUGUACCAGCCUUGGAGAACUCUGGCUACCUUUGGUUCACCGACUUGACUGUUGCUGAUCCAUACUUCGUCCUCCCAGCCAUUGGUACUGGUUUGAUGAGCGUCAGUUUGCUGUUGAACAUGAAGCACAGCCCACCCGCCCAGCACAAGAUGAUGAAGUUCGCCAUGUACGGUUUCGGUGCCGUUGGUUUCGUUGUCACGGCCUACAUGAGUGCCGGUAUCAACCUCAUGACAGCCGCAUUCAGUGCCUCGACUUGCGUCUCUGCGUUCAUUUUGAACAACGAUUCUGUCCGCCGUAGCCUCGGCUUGGCUACACACCGUCCAGCCGAUACUCCCCAGGCACCAGUUUACCAAGCACCCCGCGCGGUGUCUGAGGCCAACGCUGAGGGUAUCCGCGGCCGCGCAAAUGGUGCCCUGAAAGACCUUACUUCUGGUUUCUCUCAGCAAAUCAGCAACAUGACUGGUCAACACGCUGCUACCGAGGAAGAAAAGGCGGCAAAGAAGCGCCGCGAACUCAUGCGCAAGCUGGAGCAAACACGCAGAGAGCAAGAGCGCGAGGAGUUUGACAGAAAGUACAAACAGUAGAAUCAGCUCUGGUCGUCCCAUUUCUUGUACAACAAAAUUUCAUCUCUUGGAUUCGAACAUUUGCCUGCCAGGCAUCAUGCUACAGAUUUGCAAUUCAUCUGGCACCUCUGAAAGGGUUAUUGGAAGGUAGAAAAAUUGUAUUAUAACGUUCAUCAAACCUUGUUAUGUCGGUUCAUAUAUCAUACUAUACUAAGGCAGCUUCCCCAAACUAAUCUCUGCUGCCAACGUCGACCGAUCCUUUGCUAAAGUGAACAUAAUAUUUCGCAUAGAGGGUGCGAACUAGCGGGCUUUAAAAGACGGUACCAUCACUCUCAAUCAAAAUGGGCGGUUCCUUGGUAUUUGGGCGGUGAAUCUCUGCAAUUUCUCGUCCACCCUAGUGCGUGUUAGCAGAUCACAUCUAUGUUAAUGGCGUUGCUUCCGAGCAUGUAAUCACAUACCUUCCAGCUUCCAGCUUCCAGCAGCUGUGGUAACGUCAACUCGUUCCCAGCGAGCUCAGUUUGAAGGGCUAUAUUAAUCUUCUCGCAGAGUAUGUCAAGAAGGCCAACGGUAACAGCUCUCCAUUCCACAAUAACGUCAUCGGAGGGUUCGAACAUUGGUGCAACCUCCACUGGUUUGGUAUUUUUACGCCGACAAUAGUCAGAGUAGUUCUCAAGACCACGGUCAACGUCGUGUUUCUUCAACGACAACACGCCCAGGUCUACAAACAGUCCACCAUUUCUGUACUCAGGUAAACCCGUCAGCAAUUCGGCUCCAGCAAAAUGGAUAUUCAGCAAGGACUGCAUCGGUUGCAUUAGGGAAUACGUGAGCCACUGUGUGAGCUUAUGAAACGGUACGAUUGUUUCCCACUGAGCAUUGAGGUGGCUCGUAGGCAUCGAUUGACAAUGCCAAGCAUCGCCAAGCGAAACACCAUCAAUGGUAGUUCGUGAGGGGGGCCAUAUUGGGCCUAGACCGUUCAUCAGAAUAUUCCAAAGCACUGGCAGAGGUGCAAUAACCGCUGAAGCGCAUUGCGUUGAGGGAUGGGAGAUAAUAUGAUCUAUACUGCAAUUAGCAUCUCAAUAACCCCUUCUCAUAAGACAUAUCUUACCUAUCAUAUUUCCUGGUCGUGCAUCUUCACCAAAGAAGUCAGGCUUUUGGGACAGCGCUGUACCGAGCCUAAUUAGAAGUUCAGUUCUGCCUUCAAGCCCUGCGAGCUCAUUGCCCGCAGCGGAUUGGAGACCAGAUGCGAGAUCUUGGACCUGUAGACGACCAAGACCAACGGCAUCCACUUGGAAGUUAUUGUCAGGGUUGCCAGAGAAAAGACCCUGGGAAAGUCAGCAGCUAUUGUGGGAUUAAUUCGACGCCAAUGUAACACGGACCUUGUUAAACAUCUCCAAGCUGGCCACAGCCAGUCCUUCAGAUCGACGGUAUAUCUUGCCAUCCUCAGUACUCUUGUAGCUCCACUGGGUUCCAGCACCAGCAUCAAGCAGUACGCUGACAAGGAACAAAUCAAUCAAGCGACGACAGCGCUCAGUGCGGUCAAGCUCCGCUGGCCAAGAAGCCAGCAAAUUCGCAACGCGGUCUUUACUACCCACUGCAAAGUGUUGAUAUCUUCCAUGUGGCGGAAUGGAAGUGAAUGGGGCGUCAUAGUCUCUCUGAG